AUUAGAGCCUACCGGCGCAGGUACAUCAUAGGUGGGCAUGUCGAGUAGGUGGGGUCGUUGCUCUCCUGAGCAGAAAGCCCCUGGCAAAUCAGGCUGCAGUGCGGACUCAGAGGAGUGCAGAGGAGCUGAAGAGGACCGCUUUGUGAAAGGAUAAAUCCAAGGCUUGGAAACACGAAAGAGCGCAUGGUGUCCCGACAUGCACCCUCAUAUCCACUCCUCCCUCCUCUUAACGCUGCUGCUUCUUCAAGUCCAGCAGGGCUCCUCAGUGCAGGAGAUCCAAACCAGCCAUGAGAACAUCGUAAAGAUCAACUCAGUAGGAGAGAUGAUGCAGUGCUCAGCAGCCAUGGAUGUCCUCUUCCUCAUGGAUGGUUCUUACAGCGUGGGGAAGGGCAGCUUUGAAAGAGCCAAACACUACGCAAUCAAACUCUGUCAAGCACUAGACAUUGGACCAGACAAGGUGCGAGUCGGCUUGAUUCAGUUUGGUUCCACUCCUCGGCUGGAGUUCACCUUGGACUCGCACACCACCAAACAAGAGCUGAAGAAGCAUAUGAAGAAAGUCUAUUACAGGGGAGGCAGCACUCAGACUAGCCUGGCUCUGAAGUACGUGUUGAGGAAGGGUUUCCCAGGCGGCCGUAACUCAUCCUCUGUGGCCCAGAUCGCCAUCCUCUUAUCAGAUGGGAGGUCGCAGGGCAACACGAUGCAGGCGGCUGCACAGCUCAAAGAGACGGGCGUGGUCCUGUUUGCCGUGGGCCUUCGCUACCCCAGGUGGGAGGAGCUUCAUGCUUUGGCCAGCGACCCGACGGAGAACCACGUUUUCUUCGCCGAGCAUUUCUACGACGCCGUAAAUGGCCUGCACACCACACUGAGCACCUUCUCUGUGUGCAAUGCCACACCCCAAGGCUGUCAGGUGGAGUCGUUUCCCUGUGAGAGGAAGACAUUAGAGACAGUGAAAGAGCUGCAGGGGAAUUUCAUGUGUUGGAAAGGAUCCAAGGGGUAUUCCCCAUACAUGUCUCUCUGUCCACACUACAGGUACAACAAGGUGUACAAGAGGCACCAGACAGUCUGCCAUCGGACUAUCUGUCCAGAUCCCUGUGACUCUCAGCCCUGUCUGAAUGGUGGCACAUGUGUAUCAGAAGGUCCAGAGGGUUACCACUGUGUCUGCCCACCUGGCUAUGGGGGAGACCCACACUGUGCCCCUGCGAUGUCACUAGACUGCUCUGUGGACCUGCUGUUCCUGGUGGAGGGCUCUGCCACGCUCACCUUGGAGGGCUUCCUCCGCCUCAAGUCCUUCUUGAAGCGCUUCCUGCAGACUGUGAUCGGUUCUGACAGCCCCAGCAAGGUUGGCUUGGCGGUGUUUGGUGGAGAGACCAGAGUCGAGGCCCAGGUGGGCAAGUUCAAAGGGGACAUAAGGGGUCUGCUUAAGGCCCUGGAGGCACUUCAGCCGAUCGGUGGCGAGACCUUGACCGGCCAGGCACUUCGUUAUGUCACACGUCACGGCUUUGUGAGCCCACCAGUCUUUGCUGAUGUUUCAGAUGAUCUUCCCCGCGUAGUGGUGCUGAUCACUGCUACUCCUGCCGUGGACGAGGUGGUGGAGCCCUCUAAAUAUGCACGGGACAGAGAGGUCUUCCUCAUAGGCAUGGGACCAGACUACUUAAAGGGACAGCUGAAUAACAUCACAGGAAAUCCCCAGAGGACUAUCACCUACGCAUCACCUGAGUUCAGCGCCAAGAUCCCUGAGCUCAAGGCUAAGAUCUGUAGUGUGGACACACAAGGUUGUCUGGGGCAGGCAGUUGACCUGGUGUUUGCCCUCGACGCCUCAGGUGGAGUCGGCCGUGAUAACUUUUCCACCCUGCGCGACUUUGUGCGCAGCCUCACCGUCCAGUUCGACAUCAACCGCGACGUGGCGCAAGUGGCGCUUGUGGCCUACGGUCGGAGACCCACCACCGUUUUCAAACUGGAUUCUCAUGAGACUGGCUCUGCCAUCCUCAAGGCUGUAGGUGAAGCCGACUAUAUGGGAGGAGUUGCCUCAACGGGCGCAGCUUUACUUCACAUGCACUCCAACGUCCUGACGGUGACUCAAGGCGCACGACCCGGAGUCAACAAGGCUGUGGUGGUGGUUACUGAUGGCUCAGGUGGCGAUGACGCGGCUGUUCCAGCUCAGAAGAUAAGAGACAACGGAGUUUCAGUGUUUGUGAUCGGCAUCGGAGAUGUACAGAAAGAGAGGCUACUGCAGAUCGCUGGUUCAGAGGAGCACAUGAUCUCGGUGCCGUCUUACGAAGAUCUCAAGUACUUUGAAGAUGUGCUGGUGCAAAUGUUGUGUUCAGAGGCUAAAAUGCCGGUAAAUCUGUGCAAGCCGAACCCGUGUAUGAACGAUGGGGUCUGCAUCCUGUCUGGAGGGAGCUUCCGAUGUCAGUGCCAAGGCUAUGAAGGACCACACUGUGAAACAAGAAGCAGCAGGCCUUCAUCCAGAGGAGAUCGUCCAAGGCCUGCUGGUCUCAGGAAGAAGAGCAGGCAGAAGAAGAGCCACCAGGAGCUCCUGCAUCUCUAUAAACUGCACCGCCGGAGACACGCCGCCUGAUAACACCCCACACACCUGAACACACACACAGACACGUACACAGAAACAAAUCGCUUACCAACACUUAAGGACCAUGGAUGUUUGCGGGUACACAGUGGAGUGUAAAGGGAAAACUAACGAUACUACUUCAAUAUUUAAACUUGCACUCAACUUUAACAAGUGCCUUCAGACUGUAUGUAAUGCUACUGUGUUGUCCAUUUUUGUUGAAUUCAUCAACCAUCACUGUGUUCACUGUUGUGCAAUUAUCCCAUCUAUUCAAACUUGUAAACUUUUAUAUUAUAUUAUAGUGUAUACUGUGUGAUUAUUUUUUAUUAUUUUGAAUAAUGAGAAGUCUAAAGAUAUUAUCUCAAACUUUUUUCUCUUUCUAAACCAAAACAAAAAUAUCAAAUAUGGAAUAUCAUAUUUGUUCCAAAAAAUGAUUUUUGUAGUAGUAAGUAGUUAUCUUCUUAAAUUUACUGAUCAAUGUUUUUUAAAUGCUAAAAAGAUGUUUGUUCUAACUAAUGAACAAAAUUACUUUAUAAAUGAUAUAUGUAUUUUGUUAUUAGUUAUUUUAUUAGUUAUCUUAAAAUAAGGAUGUUUUGUACUUAAAUCACUUCUGGGGAAAGUAGAAAAAACAAAAGGUCAAAUUCUAUAAUACCUGAUCAGUAUCUAUAUUUACAUAGCAGAAUUAUUCCACAUGUACAGCAGAUUAAGUGUUUUAUUUUAAAUGGCUGGGCGGCACGAUGGUGCAGUGGUUAGCGCUGUUGCCUCAUAGCAAGAGGAUUCCAGGUCCGUAGUCAGCUGGGAUAGGCUCCAGCUUCCCCGCAACCCUGACGGAUAAGCGGUAUAGAAAAUGGAUGGAUUUAAAAUGGCUAGUCUUUUAAUUACAAUCAACUGAACCCUCUAAAACAUUUUUUAGAUGAACAUCCUACCAUCAAAUGACUCCCUUUCGUGAAUGCUUUAUUACUUCAUGAGACGUGACUGAGUUGACUCUAAUUACCUUGUUAAACUUUAAUGUUGCAAGUU